AUGUAUGUGAAAUGCCUUGAUACAGUAAUGUUUUACUAUGUGAUUUUAGUGUAUUUAGUGAAUGUCACUUUUUGUCAUUUUCAAAUUUCCCGGCGUUCCGUCCCCCGUACAUCCCGACGCUCGCAGGGGACGGAAACCCAGAUGACAGAUGCCGGCAUCUGCCGGAUUACAUUGCCGGGGACACUGCAGGAGGGACAUCGUGGGAGCGCAGGACAAGGUAAGUGAAGAACAGAUGCCGGAGUAGCGCCGCAUGGUAAGCCCGAGUGUAGCUCGGGGUUACCGCUUGUGCUACACUCGGGAAUACUGCCAGGGGGGUUAAGCAAA